AUGGUGUACGACGUAGCCAUCAUUGGCGCUGGCCCUUGCGGGCUGGCCGUGGCGGCGCGGUUACGAGAAGCCACUCCCUCCGCACUUUUCACCGACGACGAGCACGCCAGGUAUUGGCGGAGGUUCAACAGGCGCGAAACGAUUGAAAACGAACAAAAAUGCCACCGAAGGGCCGCCGCCUGUUCUGGCCGGAGGACUGACAAGUCCCACGGCUCUGCUGCCAGGUCCAUCAUUGUACUGGAUGCGCUUUCCGACCAGUGGAUGGCCGCAUGGCAAGAGAAGUUCCACAGGUUGCAGAUCGAACAUCUGAGGAGUCCGCUGUUCUUCCACCCAGAUCCUAGGGAUAGGGAUUCUCUUUUGGCCUUCUCACAUGUUCACGGCCGCACGGCCGAGUUGCAAGAAAUCCCUCACGUUGCCGGCAAAGAGAUCAGCAAGCACCGAACUAAGAAGAAGCGUCAGAAGAGGAUCGCACAGCAUCUUCGGAUUGACGACCGAGACCGUAUAGAUUACUUCACGCCUUCGGCUGCGCUCUUUCGUGACUUCUGCGGCGACAUUGUCGACAGGUAUUGCCUUCAGGACUUGGUCGUACGCGCUAAAGUCGAGAAUAUCGAGUACGGAGACUUGGGCGGGUUGACCAGCACGGAAGGUUUUACCUUGACCACCAACCAAGGGGCGAUAUUCUCCCGAAUCGUGGUUCUCGCAGUCGGUCCUGGCAGCAAGCCUUGCAUUCCCCUCGACAGCAACCUCCACCUGAACGCGGAGCCUGGGAGUGUGUGCCACUGCUUCGACUCUGCAGGCGGGCACUGCCUUCCGGAGCAUGUCCUGCGGAAGAUCGAUCAAGGACUACCAACCUCGGUCGUGGUGGUUGGGGGUGGACUUACGAGCGCUCAAAUUGCCGACCUGAUCAUUCGUCGCGGCGUUACCAAGGUGUGGUUGUUGGUCAGGGGAGACUACAAGCUGAAGCAUUUCGACGUCGACCUUGAAUGGGUGUCGAAGGUGCGCAACCAGCAAAUGUCGGUUUUUUGGUCGGCAGAUAGUGAUCAGGAGCGCUUCCAGCUGCUGAAAGAAGCCCGAAACGGAGGCAGCAUAACACCCAAGUUCGAUCGGAUACUCAAAAGGCACGUCUUGAAAGAUCGCCUGGCUAUCUUGACACAUACUCGUAUUGAAGACGGUAGGUGGUGCGCCGGAAGCCAGACGUGGUCCAUCACAUUGUCACGAGACUCAAAGAAUGGCCCGCUGUGUAUUGAUCACAUCAUUUAUGCUACCGGAGCAGCUUCGAGCAUCGAGAAAGUGCCGUGUCUGCAGCAAAUGCUGGAGAAAUACCCCAUUCGGUCUAUCAACGGCUUACCUAGACUCAGUGACGAUUUGAUGUGGCGCGACGACAUCCCGUUAUUCUUGACUGGCGGCCUCGCCGGGCUUAGGCUUGGUCCUGGCGCCGCCAACCUGGCUGGGGCACGACAAGGAGCUGAAAGAAUUGCUUGGAAAAUCGAGGACUUGCUCGGUAGAGAGCAGACGCCGUUACCUAACGAAGAAGGCUGGGUGUUCACCGGGAUGGAUGGCACUCAACCACUUGACCGUGAGAGGAAUGCGAUGGCCGAGGAGAGGAGCGAAUACACGGGAGGGUUUGCCAAUCAAUUCGAGGCCUUGACAUUGAAUGAAGGCCGCUGA